AUGCGGAUGUCGGGUAGCGAUGCGGUAGUUGAGGGUCACGAACAGACUGGAUCGGGCGCUCGUGGACAGAGGUGCUAUCCUCGGAUGUUCGCGGCCCCGUGUGGUGAUCGCCGAGGAGGUGUCGCAAGGAGGCACCGAUGGCGGGUUGUGUGGCUCAAUCCCGGUGGCGCACGGAGAGUCAAUUGUUCAGCCCAGACACCUCCUCCGGCUUGGCCGGGCCGAGCUGCCGUCGAUUCUGACAGUAAAUUGUGGGAGGGACCGAAACCCAUUUCAAUUGUUGGAUCCACUAGCUCCAUUGGAACACAGACAUUGGAUAUAGUUGCUGAAAAUUCGGAUAAGUUUAAGGUUGUUGCUCUUGCCGCUGUUUCUGUUCGUGACGAGUCGCUUAUCGAUGAGCUCAAGGAGGCUCUAGCUGAUGUUGAAGAAAAGCUCGAGAUCAUACCGGGAGAGGAGGGAAUCAUUGAGAUCGCUCGGCAUUCAGAUGUUGUUACUGUGGUGACGGGGAUUGAUGGAUGUGCAGGUUUUGAAGCCUACUGUAGCCGCCAUAACAACAGGAAAAGACAUAGCUUUGGCUAA